AGGCGGACGGAGCGCCGGACGGAGGCGCUGAGGGCCGCGGCUGUGUUGAAGCUCGGGCUAGAUCUUUGGUGGGAGAGGCCGCGGUGGGCCGUCGCGGAGCUGCGGGGCCUUCCCAGCUCUUCUUUCGGCGUGGGACACUGUUUUCCAACAAAGCCCCCACUUUGGAGACUUCUGAUCUAGUCCAACCCACUCAUUUUGCAGAUGGGGAAACUGAGGUACAGAGAUGAUGUGAUUUGCCCAAGAUAAAUACUUGCUGAAAGAACAGAUGAACUAAUUAGAUACUAUUAAAUUGGAAGAAAAAAGGAAGCGAUAAUGCACCAUGGGAAUGGUCCUCAGAAUGUCCAGCUCCAGAGGUCCAGGUCCUUCACAGGCAGUGAAGGGGAAGAGCAGCCAUCACAUUCAAAUCUGCCCCAGUCCCCUGCAGCUCCAUUUGCUCCUUCAGCAAGCCCAUCUGCACCACAGUCUCCUAGUUACCAAAUCCAGCAGCUUAUGAAUCGAAGUCCAGUAGCUGGCCAGAAUGUAAACAUUACCCUUCAGAAUGUUGGACCAGUAGUUGGAGGAAACCAGCAGAUCACCCUUACCCCUUUGCCAAUUCCCAAUCCUACUUCCCCUGGUUUUCAGUUUAAUUCUCAGCAAAGGAGAUUUGAGCAUGGCUCCCCAUCCUACAUUCAAGUUACCUCCCCUUUGCCCCAACAGGUCCAAUCUCAAAGCCCAACCCAGCCUAGCCCUGGGCCAGUGCAGGCAUUACAGAGUGUGCGGGCAGGCACUCCUGGCCCGGGCCUGGGUAUCUGUAGCUCCAGCCCCACUGGAGGCUUUGUGGAUGCCAGUGUCCUUGUGAGACAGAUCAGUUUGAGCCCCUCUAAUGGCGGACACUUUGUGUAUCAGGAGGGCUCAGGCAUUACCCAGAUUGCUCAGGGAGGACAGGUUCAACUCCAGCAUGCUGGGGCCCCUAUUACCGUUCGAGAACGCAGACUUUCCCAGCCCCAUACGCAGACAGGUGGUACCAUUCAUCAUCUUGGACCUCAGAGCCCGGUAGCUAGUGGUGCCAGUAUGCAGCCUUUGACUAGUCCCAGUCACAUUGCAACGACUAGCUUGCCACCCCAGAUCAGUAGUAUUAUUCAAGGACAACUGAUUCAACAGCAGCAAGUACUUCAAGGACAGCAGUUGAAUAGACCUAUGGGGUUCGAGAGACCUUCAGGUGUCUUGAUAUCUGGAGUUGGAGGAUCUUCAGCAUUUGGGAUGACUUCACCACCCCCCGGACCCACCAGCCCUUCUCGAGCCGUUGUACCUCAGGGUCUUUCCAACCUUCCUCUUGCUCCUGCAGGAAGUAUAGGAGUGAAAAAAGUACCUAAAAAAUUGGAGGAAAUUCCACCAGCAUCUCAAGAAACAGCUCAAAUGAGGAAGCAGUGCUUGGAUCAUCAUUACAGAGAGAUGGAGGCUCUAAAAGAAAAUUUUAAGGAGUACUUGAUUGAAUUAUUUUUCUUACAGCAUUUUCAAGGGAAUAUGAUGGAUUUCUUAGCUUUUAAGAAAAAACACUAUGCACCCUUACAAGCAUAUCUUAAGCAAAAUGAUUUGGAUCUUGAGGAAGAGGAGGAGGAGGAAAAAUCUGAGGUUAUCAAUGAUGAGGUAAAGGUUGUGACAGGAAAGGAUGGGCAGACUGGGACUCCUGUUGCUAUUGCAACCCAGCUUCCUCCAAAUGUUUCUGCUGCUUUUGCUUCCCCGCAGCAGCCAUUUCAGCAACAAAUAAAUACUGGGAGCCUAGUGGCAGGGGCUGCAAGUACCAUAGACACGGAGUCCCUUAAGCGACCGCAAACAUUCACACCAGCAGAGCAGUCUAAGAGACCUCGGCUUGAAGUGGGUCACCAUGGAGUAGUUUUCCAACAUCCAGGAGUGACGACAGGAGUGCCUCUACAGCAGCUAAUGCCUACUGCACAAGGUGGAAUGCCUCCCACUCCUCAAGCUGUACAGCUCACUGGACAGAAACAAAGCCAACAGCAGUAUGAUCCAUCCAAAGGUCCUCCUGUGCAGAAUGCUGCGAGUCUCCAUACUCCUCCACCUCAGCUUCCUGGGCGGCUUCAGCCUGCAAAUGUCCCAGGCACGUCACUCCCAUCAGCCUUGCAGAUCUCACAACAGUCCCAGCAGCAGAUGAUGGAGACCCAGCCCCAGCCUCCAGUUCCAGUGAAGACCCAGCCAUCCAACAUAGCUAUUCCUGCUGCUCCAGCCAGUCAGCCUCCAGCUCCCCUUCCUCAGGCUCUUGCGCCAGCACUCCACCUCCAGGUGCAAGGAAAAACGCAGAUGCAGGUGUCUCCUCUUCCAACACAGCCCCAGACUGUGGCAUUAACAAGACCACCUGCAGAUUCUGGCCAGCCUUGUCAGCGUUCUGUACCUGCCUCUUCAUCUACCUCAUCUGCCACACCAGCAAGUCUCUCAGGCCCAGUGCCCUCACCUGCCCGAUCAUCGCCAGUAAAUAGGCCCUCCCCAGCAGCCAACAAAUCACUGUCUCCCAUUACAUCUCGAUCCCCAGGUGCCACAGUUUCUGUCCCCCCCAAACCUCAGAGCCCAGCUCAAAAUGCCACACAAUCCCAGGAUAGUGCCCAAGAGAAGUUGGCUGAACAAGUAACUUUGGAAACCCAAAUCCAUCAAAGAAUCUCAGAAUUGAGAAAGGAAGGUCUGUGGUCACUCAGACGGUUGCCAAAACUUCAGGAGGCUCCACGGCCAAAGUCUCACUGGGAUUAUCUCUUAGAAGAAAUGCAGUGGAUGGCAACAGAUUUUGCACAAGAGAGGAGGUGGAAAAUGGCAGCUGCAAAGAAGCUUGUCAGAACUGCAGCUCGUUAUCAUGAAGAAAAGAAACUUCAUGAAGAAAGAGGAAAGAAAGAGGAGCAGAACCGAUUAAGACGUAUAGCUGCUUCAACUGCUAGAGAAAUAGAAUAUUUCUGGUCAAAUAUUGAACAGGUUGUAGAAAUAAAACUGCAAGUUGAAUUAGAGGAGAAAAGGAAGAAAGCCUUAAAUUUACAGAAACCAUUCAAAAGAGGAAAAGAUUCAAGGCCUAAGGGACCUCAUGCUUUCCCAGAGCAUUUUAUGGAUUCUGGGAUAUCUGGAAGAAAAAUAAAAGUUAGCACAUCCUUAACUGAUGAUGAAGUGGAAGAUGAAGAGGAAACAAUUGAAGAGCAAGAGGCAAAUGAAGGAAAUAUUGAUCAUCAAAUAGAACUCUCUAAUUUAGCCAAAGAAGCUGAACUGCCCUUAUUUGACCUGAUGAAGUUAUAUGAAGGUGCCUUUAUGCCAAGUUCUCAGUGGUCACAGCCUAAGCCUGACAGUGAGGAGACCAGCGAAGAAGAAGACACAGAAGACUCUACAGAUGACAGAGUUUGUCAGAAGGAAAUGGUUCUCAUUGAUUCACUUCUCAUCAUUGAUCAGUGUAAGGGUGUGGAGAGACCAAAUAUGAAACCAAACACAAGAGACAUAACUGAAGUAGCUGCUGUGGCAGAGGCUGUACUGCCCAAAGGCAGUGCUCGGAUCACAACCUCGAUCAAUUUUAAUACUCCGUCUUUGUUGUAUGGAGCAUUAAGAGAAUAUCAGAAGAUUGGACUGGACUGGUUGGCCAAACUAUACAGAAAGAAUCUCAAUGGCAUAUUGGCAGAUGAUGCUGGUCUUGGCAAAACUGUACAAGUUAUUGCUUUUUUUGCACAUCUAGCUUGUAAUGAAGGUAAUUGGGGCCCCCACCUUGUGGUUGUGAGAAGUUGCAACAUACUAAAAUGGGAGCUUGAGUUGAAACGUUGGUGCCCUGGGUUAAAAAUCCUUUUAUACUUUGGCAAUCAUAGAGAACUUAAGGCAAAGAGACAGGAAUGGACUGAACCCAACAGCUUCAAUAUAUGCAUAACCUCCUAUAAGCAGUUCUUUAAAGGCCAUCAAGCCUUCAUGAAAGUGAGGUGGAAAUAUUUAGUCAUUGAUGAGAUGCAACAAGUAAAGAACAUGACUGAAAAGCACUGGGAGGCAGUUUUCAAUCUCCGAAGCCAAUUACGCCUACUCCUGAUUGACACACCUUUGCAUAACACCUUGAUGGAACUGUGGACCAUGGUACACUUUUUGAUUCCUGGAAUUUCUAGACCUUAUCAGAACUUUCCAGUAAAACCAGCUAAUGAGGAGAGCCAAGAUUAUUACCAUAAAGUGGUCAUCAGGUUGCACAGAGUAACUCAACCAUUUAUUUUGAGGAGAACUAAAAGGGAUGUUGAUAAGCAGCUGACAAAGAAAUAUGAACACGUGUUAAAGUGUCGUCUUUCUAGUCGCCAGAAGGCCUUGUAUGAGGAUGUUAUCCUGCAGCCCAGAACUCAAGAGGCUCUUAAAAGUGGACAUUUUGUCAAUGUCCUGAAUAUUCUAAUGAAGCUUCAGAGGAUAUGCAAUCAUCCUGGUCUGAUAGAUCCUAGGCUUCCUGGGUCUUCUUAUGUUUUGGAAACAUUGGAAUAUAGAUCUGCUUCUCUGAUUUUAAAGGCAUUGGAAUGUGGAUUUUGGAAGGAAGCAGAUCUUUCUAUAUUUGAUCUCAUUGGAUUAGAAAAUCAAACCACUCAUUAUGAAGCACAAGUAUUGUCAAAGAAAAAGAUAACCCGAAAACUUAUUGAAGAAAUCUUCAGUUCAUCACCACCACCAGCCAGACCUAAUGCAGUGAAACUUAAGCCCAGCAAGUUAUUUCAACCUGUGCAGUAUGGCCAGAAGCCUGAGGGGAGGACAGUAGCUUUUCCAAGUACACAGAGCUCCUCACGUACAGUGUCUGCAGCUGCUGCCGCUGCUGCCGCCGCAGUAACUUCCCAGGGACAGGUUCGAGGAAGAUCACCAAUUGCCACAUUUUCUGCCAAUCAGGAUGCAAAAGCGGCCGCAGCACAGUUUCAGACAUCUCAGGCUCCUACCAGUGCUCCAAGACACCAGCCAGCAGCGACCUUCACCACAGCAACUAGCACAGCCAAUCCUGUGAAACAGCGGGGUCAGAACUCAGCCCAGGCCUCCCAGCUAGGCCAGGCCCAGCCCCAGCCCCAGGCCCCCUCGCACACCAUCCAACAGAGUGUGCUUCCUCAGAGGCUGGUACUGACCUCUCAGGCCCAGGCACGGUUGCCUAGUGGUGAGGUGGUGAAAAUUGCCCAGCUGGCUUCCAUAGCAGGGACCCAGAAUAGAAUUGCUCAACCAGAGACCCCUGUGACCUUGCAAUUCCAAGGGAACAAGUUUACAUUGUCACACAGUCAGCUCCGACAGCUUACUGCAGGCCAGCCCCUACAAUUACAAGGAAGUGUUCUGCAGAUUGUCUCUGCUCCAGGACAACAGUAUCUGCGCCCUCCAGGCCCAGUUGUUAUGCAGACAGUGUCACAGGCUGGUGCUGUACAGAAUGCUUUGAAUGCCCUGGGAAACAAGAACCAAGCAAAUGUUCCAAGUUCCACACCAGGAACUCCACCAGUAGGUGUUCCAGGUAGAACAGCAGUUAAUUCCUUGACUUCAGGAGAAGCUGGACUAGUAUCAAAAAUGGCCAGUCCUGUAGGAGGCCCCACACAGGAGGAAAAGAAUAGAAUUUUGAAAGAGCGCCUGGACCGAAUUUAUCUGGGCAAUGAACGGCGCUGUUCCAGAACUCCUGUCUAUGGCAGUGAUUUGUUAGGAAUUUGCUCUCUGAUUAGUUGGAAGAAGACACCUCUGUGUGGAUCCGCAGAGAGAAAUAAAUGGCGCUGGACUGGGAUGGUGAACUGCUGUGCUUCAUCCUCAAGAAAUCCAACUGAUGUACUUCGGUGUCUGAUGUUGACAUUAGAACAACGAAGAGAAUCUCUCCAUGAUGUUGUUAAUAGGGUGGCCUGUGUGCUUCCAGCUGUAGUGGCUGCUCCUCCUUGCUUGUAUGUGGCCAAACCACCCCCCUCCUACAGCCACAAAAUGAAGAUUUUCAGACACUGCCUGAAGGAGCAGACUGCUCCCUAUUUACAGCAAUUGCAUCAGAUAACAAACCUCAAGGUAUUGCAGUUUCCUGAGCUCAGACUGGUGCAGUAUGAUUCAGGAAAGCUAGAAGCUUUAGCUAUCUUGCUUCAGAAGCUGAAAUCUGAGGGACGACGGGUAUUGAUCUUAUCACAGAUGAUUCUAAUGUUAGACAUUUUGGAAAUGUUUUUGGACUUCCAUUAUCUUACCUAUGUAAGAGUUGAUGAAAAUGCUAAUAGUGAACAACGCCAGGAACUGAUGAAGAGUUUCAACAAAGACAAGCGGAUAUUUUGUGCCAUUCUUUCUACCCACAGUCGCUCUACAGGUAUAAAUCUUGUAGAAGCCGACACAGUUGUGUUUUAUGAUAAUGACUUAAAUCCGGUGAUGGAUGCAAAGGCUCAAGAAUGGUGUGAUAGAAUUGGGAGAAGCAAGGAUAUACACAUAUACAGGCUUGUGAGUGGCAAUUCCAUAGAAGAGAAAUUGUUGAAAAAUGGAACUAAAGAUUUGAUAAGAGAGGUUGCUGCUCAAGGAAAUGACUACUCCAUGGCAUUUUUAACUCAGCAAACUAUCCAGGAACUAUUUGAUGUUCACUCUCCUGUAGAAGACUCUGGCUUCAGAGUUAAAGCUGAAGAAUUUGUUGUUCUUCCUCAGGAGCCCUCUGCCUCUGAAGCAAUUGCACCUAAAAUCGCAAGGCCUUUUAUAGAGGCCCUUAAGAGUAUCGAAUAUUUGGAGGAUGACACCCCAAAAUAUGAAGAAAUGAGUGUGUCUGAAACAAAUGCUGAUAUUCUGUCCUCAGAACUGGAUGAUUCAAGAGUUAUUGAAGAACCUUCUCAGUUAGAAGAAUUAGCUGACUUUAUGGAACAGCUCACACCAAUUGAGAAGUAUGCUUUGAAUUAUCUUGAAUUAUUCCAUGCUUCUAUUGAUCAGGAAAAACCAAGAGACAAUGAGGAGGUAGCAAUAGCUUCAAAGGAGUGGGAAUCCAAUAAUAUGAAACGACUUAAAGAGAGGGAUGCCACAACACUUUUAGAAGAGGAGGAGGAAGAAUUAUUGACAUACACCAGAGAAGAUGCCUACAACAUGGAAUAUGUUUAUGAAGAUACUGAUGGGCAGACAGAAAUUAUGCCACUUUGGACUCCUCCCACUCCUCCUCAGGAUGACAAUGACAUCUAUAUUGACUCAGUCAUGUGCCUGAUGUAUGAGAAUACUCCCAUCCCUGAAUCUAAGCUACCUCCUGUGUAUGUGCGGAAGGAGCGUAAGCGACACAAGACAGAUCCCUCUGCUGUUGGUCGGAAGAAGAAGCAGCGACACGGAGAGGCUGUCAUUCCACCUCGAUCCCUCUUUGACCGGGCGACUCCAGGGAUGUUGAAGAUGCGGCGAGAGGGCAAAGAGCAGAAGAAGAAUAUUCUGUUGAAGCAACAGACUCAGUUUGCUAAACCAUUGCCAACUUUUGUCAAGCCAACAGCAGAGUCUGGGCAGGAUAACCCAGAGUGGCUCAUUAGUGAAGAUUGGGCACUGCUGCAGGCUGUAAAACAGCUCCUUGAGCUUCCUUUAAAUCUCACUGUUGUGUCACCUGCACACACCCCUAAUUGGGAUCUUGUUAGCGAUGUUGUUAAUUCCUGUAGCCGAGUUUACCGCUCUUCUAAACAGUGUCGAAAUCGCUAUGAAAAUGUCAUCAUUCCAAGAGAAGAGGGAAAGCUGAUUUAUGAAGCUAAUCCAAAGAAAAAGGCAAAAAAUAUUUAUAAGAGCAAAAACAACCGUCCUCUUCGAACAAGCCAGAUUUAUGCUCAAGAUGAGAAUGCUACCCACACCCAGUUGUACACAAAUCACUUUGAUUUAAUGAAAAUGACUGCUGGGAAGAGAAGUCCCCCAAUCAAGCCUUUACUUGGCAUGAAUCCUUUUCAGAAGAACCCAAAGCAUGCCUCAGUACUAGCAGAAAGCGGAAUCAACUAUGACAAACCUCUGCCUCCAAUUCAGGUGGCAUCUUUGCGUGCUGAGCGAAUCGCUAAAGAGAAAAAGGCUUUGGCUGAACAGCAGAGGGCCCAGCAGCAGACUGGAACGCAGCCCCCCCAGCAGCAGCAGCAGCCUGGACAGCAGGGAACAACAGGACAACAGACAGGCCAGGCCCAGUCUCAGGGCCAGCCUCCUGGGGUUCAGCAGCAACAGCAGCAGCAGCAGCAGCAGCAACAGCAGCAGCAACAGCAGCAGCAGCAGCAACAGCAGCAGCAACAGCAGCAGCAACAACAGCAGCAGCAGCAGCAACAGCAGCAGCAGCAGCAACAACAGCAGCAGCAACAGCAGCAGCAGCAGCAGCAGCAACAGCAGCAGCAAACAAAGGUGCAGACUACAAUUACCACUGUGGCCAGCACGGCAGUAUUGGCUGGAACAAUGAAAACAUCAGCUACUGGGACAAGCAUGCCAACUGGAACAGUUAGCGGGAAUGUUAUUGUGAACACAAUAGCUGGAGUUCCUGCUGCUACCUUUCAGUCAAUUAACAAGCGUAUUGCUUCACCAGUUGUGCCUGGAAAUUUAACAACUACAGGCAGUGCUUCUCCUGCUCAGGUGGUUCAUGCACAGCCUCGGACAGUUGCCACACCUGCUGCAUCCACUGAACUGGUCUCACUAGCGUCCACGCAGGGCGUUCGAGCGGUCACUUCUGUGACAGCAUCUGCUGUGGUCACCACCAACCUGACCCCUGUGCAGGCCCAGACCAGGUCUUUAGUGACUCAGGUGACUCAAGCUACAGGAGUUCAGCUUCCUGGCAAAGCGAUCACUCCAGCCCAUUUCCAGCUUCUCAGGCAGCAGCAGCAGCAGCAACAGCAGCAGCAGCAACAGCAGCAGCAGCAGCAACAGCAGCAACAGCAGCAACAGGCAGCUCAGGUGCAAGUCCCACAGAUCCAGGGCCAGGCCCAGUCCCCUGCCCAGAUGAAAGCUAUGGGGAAGCUAACGCCGGAACACCUGAUCAAAAUGCAGAAACAGAAACUCCAACUGCCUCCACAGUCAGGACCUCAGCAGCAGGCUCAGCCAGGGGCCCAGCCACAGGCAACCCAAGUACAGGUACAACAGCAGCAACAACAGACCCCACAGCUGGCAGCUGUGGCAGCACCAAGGCCUGGGGCUCUUCUCACGGGCACAACAGUAGCCAACCUCCAAGUUGCUCGUCUUACUCGUGUUCCUACGUCACAGUUACAAGCUCAGGGUCAGAUCCAAGCCCAAACAACUCAGACAGCUCAAGUGGCUUUGGCAAAACCACCAGUUGUAUCUGUCCCAGCAGCUGUUGUAUCAUCAGCUGGGGUCACAACACUUCCUAUGAAUGUUGCUGGCAUUAGUGUUGCUAUUGGACAGCCACAGAAAACAGCAGGGCAAACUGUGGUUGCACAACCUGUGCAUGUCCAGCAGCUUUUGAAGCUCAAGCAACAAGCUGUUCAACAGCAGAAAGCCAUCCAGCCCCAGGUGGCUCAAGGUCAAUCUCCUGUGCCACAAAAGAUCACUGCACAACAGAUAACAGCCCAAGGCCAACAACAGAAAGUAACCUAUGCUACCCAGCCAGCAAUUAAAACCCAGUUUCUUACUACACCUAUUUCGCAAGCUCAGAAAUUAGCAGGGACCCAGCAAGUACAAACUCAGAUACAAGUUGCAAAGCUUCCUCAAGUAGUCCAACAGCAGACAGCUGUGGCCAGUAUUCAGCAAGUGGCAUCUGCUUCUCAGCAGGCGUCACCACAGACCGUGACACUCUCUCAAGCAACAACUGCAGGUCAGCAGGUCCAAAUGAUCCCUGCAGUGACUGCAACAGCUCAGGUGGUUCAGCAGAAACUCCUCCAACAGCAGGUGGUGACAACAGCCUCCACGCAGCUUCAGGCCCCAGGUGUACCCAACCCCGCCCAGGGGCCAGCCAGCUCUGAUGGCCAGAGUCAGCAGGCUAAGUUACAAAUGAGAAUGUCGACUGUCAGGUUAAAGACAGCUAACAAGCCUAGUUGAGCCAAGCAUGGGAAAAGCGGGGAUAUUUGUUUUCUUUGGUCAAUCUCCAGCUGCAAAAUAGGCACACCCUUACAUUUCAUGGUCUUAAGGCAGAAAACCACUGUCUUCAUAGAGGACAUUUUAUUUAUUUCUGAACCUUGGAAACCUUCUCACCCAAAACACCCGACCUUUGGAAAACUCUUGUCAAAACAAAGUAGUGUAAUUAUUUUAUUAAAGUGUAUCCUUCUCUUACAGAAAAGUGAUCCUUCCUGAAAGCCUCUCUGUACUGUAUUAACUAAUGGAAACAGUGACCAUGGUGAUCAGUACUCUCCUUCUUCAUUCAUGGCAGUGUUUUCUCCAGAGCACUAGUACUGGGUUUUGAUAGCCACUUAGUAGAAUUUCUUUGUAGUAAUACAAUAUUUUGCACAUUACAUUUGUGCUAAUUAGUUUGUGCAGUGAGUCAUAAAAUGGAAAGUCUUUUUAAAACUUAAAAAAAAUUCUAGAUAAGACUUUAAUUCUUUCACCUUAUCCAGAAAAGGCAAACCAUGGUCCUUUUAGUAGAGGGAACAGCUAGAGUCAGUCACCUGUAAUUGAGUUUUCAUUCCAAAGAGUAGCCAUUGUGUUCUGUGCUUUUCUAAAAGUGAUUUGUUUUCGUACUUUUAAAGGAAAUGUUUGGUAAUGCUAUCCAUCUAAGCACAUUCUAGGUGCAUUCCCUGUAUUUUAUCUAUUGGCUUAUUUAACAUGCAUUGGGCUGCUUCAGACUGGUUCAGGGAAAUGUUGGGAUUCUGAUGUCUUGGACUAGUUAGGGCUAAAGUGCCAGAGAAGUGUCAUAGGCACCACCUGUUUUAUUGCUGUAUAAUUUAUGGUGACCUUAGUCUCAGUGUAUGUAGAGUGAGAGCUAGAUGGAGAAAUGAGAGUAGAAAUGGCAAGAAGAUCAUGAUGUCCAAGCUUUGGGGGAACCGAGAAACUUUAUAUAUAAAUAAAUAUAUAUAUGUAUGUAGAUGGAGCAUCUGAGGGUCCAGAAAUAGACCAAGUGAUUUAUGUAUUGUAAAUGUGUACAAAUUUUUAAUAACAUGGAAAAAAUACACUAGUCUUAUCAAGCAAAUGUUCUGGGCAGUCACUGCAUUUUCAAUUUCCAGGGUCUCUACUCGAGCAAAUCUUGGUUCAGCCUAGUAAAGGUGAGAACCAUAAGCAUUUACUAUUUGUGGAGCUCUAUGAUAUUGGAGAAAAAGGGAAGAUUCCUGUUGCAGAGUUUUUUGUUGAUGUUGUUUGUUUUAAAUAAGGGAAGGCAGUGGAUGGAAUGUUAAGUGACUAUGCUGGUUGAUGAUGGCAUCUUAAAUACUUAUCUCUUGCCAUAUUUUUAGUAUGCAAAAGGAAAAAGCCUAAAUGGACUCCUUUUCCAUGGGUAUAUUUCUAAAGGUAUAUUUUGUUCAUUUAUGUCCAGAGAAGAGUAAGAGUAUGCUGGUUUUUUGUUUGUUUGUUUGUUUUUCCUUUUUAACAAAUGCCAGUAUCUUAAGACCUUCAAAAUUUAAAAUUUUUAUCAAAAAAAUCCAUUUUCCUCUGUAAAUGCAGCAUUUUUCCUUAAGUUUCCCUCAUUUUACAUAAUUUGUCAAAUUAAUCUACCUUGCAAUUGAAAAAAAAACUAGCAUCCUGAAGACUUAUUUGGAUGUAAUCAAACACUUUUCUAGCUCUAAGUUAAAUAGGUAGAAAGAGAACAAGGAUCAUAUGUUUAAGGAUCAUAAAACUGAAGUUGUUUAAAAAAGAAUGGAGUACUAACAUAAUGAUACUUUUAUGAGAUUUCAUAUUUUGUUAAAACUUUGAUUUUCAAGUGAAUUGUUCACACAGAAAUACCUGAGGUGAAAAUGUCACACGUGCAUGCUGCUUUUCAGUAUGACAUUUCAAAUAUUACAAGUAUUCUAAACAUGCAGAAUUAAAAAUUAGCAUAGGCAUUGCAUUCUCCAAGGUUAUUUACAUUUGCCCAUCCUGAAAUAGUUUCUUUAGAUCUUCAGAGUAAGUCUUUUAAAAUGAUGAUAGAAUUUGAAUGCAUUUAUUUUAGAAAUGCUCAAGAAUUCUCAAAAAGCAAUUAACUGUUUAAAUAAAAGCCACCCCCUUCCCCCCUUUAUCCUUUAGCAGUCUGGGUAGACAACUUAGAGCCAAUUACAGAAAAACUUUUAAAGGUUAAAAUACUAUUGUUUUUAUAAUUGCUGUAUGUAAUUCUUGUCCCUGUCACUGCUGGUAAAAAAAAAAAGGAAUCUAGUUUCCAUUUUCUUGGCAAGGAGAGAUUAGUUAAACUUCAGUAAUUUUAAUAACAUCAUAUUGAAUUGACAAGGUUAUUGGACUUUGUACCAAGAGUAUACAUACAUAAGAGAAUAGCAUCAAAGGUUACUCCUGCCCAAAGUAGUAUUCCAUAGAGUCACUGGAGUACUAACACUCCAUUCCCAAUGUUCUGACUCAUCCAGUUUCUUUAGUGUCAGGUAUGAAAGGUCAAGCUGUUUUUAAGAAGAUAAUGAAGUUUGGUUCAGCAAAGUUGUCUAGGAAGUUUCAGAUUGUUACUGUUAGAAAAAUUCUUUAUUACCAUGCAAAUCAGGCCUCUCUUAUUGUGAUAUAAUGAUUCAAGGGUGUAUUCAGAAACACAGCAGCAAAAUUGUUGUGAGAUUUUACUUUGGCCACCAUUGAAACCAGUUACCCAGUUAUUCUCUAAGAGACAUUUGUUUUCAUUCAGGUCAGACAGUGUUGUAAAACGUUUGGUGGGGAAGCACAUUGCCUGCGUCCAAGUACUGUUCAGAUGUUGUGCCUCAAGGGGGAAUGGUUUUUCUUUUAAUAAAUAAAAAUGCUGGCUUAAAAACAAACAACACUGUAACCGGAUAGCUGUUGUGUUUUAAAACAUACAGGAACAAGGUUGAAAUUGUAAAUACUUUGUAAACAUAAACAUUUGUACUUGAAUAGUAGGAUUUUAAAGAGCACUGACAUCCUACCAGAUAAAAGGUAUAAUAAAGUGUCCUUUUUUAUAAA